UUUCUAAAUAAAAGUAGGAAGUUCAUAUAAAUGGAGUAUUGUUGGUGUUCCAAGAUCAAAAUUUCUAAACAUCUAUCUUUGGUGUAUGUUACAGAAGUAAAUAAAUAAUAGUCCCUUUCCCCCAACCACCCACCAACCAUGGAGGUGCCUGGUCUGUAGUGGGCACUUAACAUAUGUGUCUCAUGGGAUCUUUCCAGAAGCCUGAUAAGAACAGUGUUGCCUUCAUCUGGCCAGUCAGAAAAGCAGAUAUCAGCAUUGAAAAUCUAUCUCAUCCACAAUCCCGAGCUGUGUCCACAGUGGGUGCUGCUUUUAGGAGCUGUUUUGGUCACUUGUUAGACCAAAUGAGCACACACACUAAUAGAAUUGCCAGCUCUUAAAAUGUUUAGUUUCCCAUGACUGGCCCCUAGAUGACGAGCUUUGUUAUUGUUACCUCUGUAAAAGAUCAGAACAAAAUAAAACAAAACAGUCUGUCCCCCCACUGUCCCCUUUCGCCAUUCAGAAGUGAGGAAAUUACCAAAAAGUAUUGAUUGGGACAACAGUCAAGGGUGACACAGAGUCAGCUCUGUCCCUGUGUGUAGAUAAGGAUAGAUGUGGAAUACUGUCCCAUGCUUUCUCUAUAUUGUGUGACUUUAAAAUAGCCUUUCAACAUCAGGCUUGCCUUGACUCUGUAAGGUGAGGUGUGCCUCUGCUCACGUCUUACAUGUGCUAGGAUGUUCAUCUACAUCACUAGAAGAGGGAUAUUUUUCAUUGUAGAUAUUUUUGGUUUGGAGGAAAACAAUUGUAAAGGGCUUCUUUUUUAAAGGGGCAACUGAUUUGGUGGGUCUGUUAGCUUGAUUGACCAUAAUAAUCAAAGUGACCAUUCCCGUAUAAAGAAGUACACUUAAACACCACACUGUCCACAUACAACGAAAUCCAUACAACAAGAACAAGCAAAAAUAGUCAAGCCCAGAAUAUACUACAAAGAAGGGCCUGGAUAUCUUAGUUGUAAUUACUAGUGUUUGCUGUGUUUGCUUCUUGUCUUUCCAUGGAUUGUAUGUGCGCCCACAAAAGGAUGUCCAGACAACAGGACACUGUGGAUGACAGCGUGGGACAUGUGAAGUAAAAGAGGAGCAGGUCCUGGGAGGCACGGUGACAGUCCGGAAGGAUGUAUUUGCUCAGGUUGCUCUCUUCCACCAUGAUUCCCUGCAGAGCAGUGCUGACUUUCGCGAGAUGUCUGAUCCGGAGAAAAAUUGUCACACUGGACAGCCUUGAAGAUUCCAAACUCUGCCGCUGCUUAACCACCGUGGACCUCAUCGCUUUGGGAGUUGGAAGCACUCUGGGCGCUGGGGUCUACGUCCUGGCUGGGGAAGUCGCCAAAGCUGAUUCUGGCCCGAGUAUUGUGGUGUCUUUCCUCAUCGCUGCCCUGGCCUCGGUUAUGGCCGGCCUUUGCUAUGCUGAAUUUGGGGCCCGAGUACCCAAGACUGGAUCUGCGUAUCUAUACACUUACGUCACGGUCGGAGAGCUGUGGGCCUUCAUCACUGGCUGGAAUCUCAUCCUGUCAUAUGUCAUAGGUACGUCCAGUGUCGCAAGAGCAUGGAGUGGCACCUUCGACGAACUUCUUAAUAAACAGAUUGGCCAGUUUUUCAAAACGUACUUCAGAAUGAAUUACACUGGUCUGGCAGAGUAUCCAGACUUCUUUGCUGUGUGCCUUGUAUUACUUCUGGCAGGUCUUUUAUCUUUUGGAGUAAAAGAGUCUGCUUGGGUGAAUAAAUUUUUUACAGCUAUUAAUAUCCUGGUCCUUCUCUUUGUCAUGGUGGCUGGGUUUGUGAAAGGAAAUGUGGCUAACUGGAAGAUCAGUGAAGAGUUUCUCAAAAAUAUAUCAGCAAGCGCCAGAGAACCACCUUCUGAGAAUGGAACAAGCAUCUACGGGGCUGGCGGCUUUAUGCCCUAUGGCUUUACAGGGACAUUGGCUGGUGCUGCAACGUGCUUUUAUGCCUUUGUGGGCUUUGACUGCAUUGCAACAACUGGUGAAGAGGUCCGGAAUCCGCAAAAGGCCAUUCCCAUCGGAAUAGUGACGUCCUUACUUGUCUGCUUUAUGGCUUACUUUGGGGUUUCUGCAGCUUUAACACUUAUGAUGCCUUACUACCUCCUGGAUGAGAAAAGUCCACUCCCUGUCGCAUUUGAAUAUGUCAGAUGGGGUCCUGCCAAAUACGUUGUCGCAGCAGGCUCCCUCUGCGCCUUAUCAACAAGUCUUCUGGGUUCUAUGUUCCCCUUACCCCGAAUUCUGUUUGCCAUGGCCCGGGAUGGCUUACUGUUUAGAUUUCUUGCAAGAGUGAGUAAGAGGCAGUCACCCGUUGCUGCCACGAUGACUGCAGGGGUCAUUUCUGCUGUGAUGGCCUUUCUUUUUGACCUGAAGGCCCUUGUGGACAUGAUGUCUAUUGGCACCCUCAUGGCCUACUCUCUGGUGGCAGCCUGCGUGCUUAUUCUCAGGUACCAACCUGGCUUGUGUUAUGAGCAGCCCAAAUACACCCCUGAGAAAGAAACUCUGGAAUCAUGUACCAAUGCGACUUUGAAGAGCGAGUCCCAGGUCACCAUGCUGCAAGGACAGGGUUUCAGCCUACGAACCCUCUUCAGCCCCUCUGCUCUGCCCACACGACAGUCGGCUUCCCUUGUGAGCUUUCUGGUGGGAUUCCUGGCUUUCCUCAUCCUGGGCUUGAGUAUUCUAACCACGUAUGGUGUCCAGGCCAUUGCCGGACUGGAAGCCUGGAGCCUGGCUCUUCUCGCCCUGUUCCUUGUCCUCUGCGCUGCCGUCAUUCUGACCAUUUGGAGGCAGCCACAGAAUCAGCAAAAAGUAGCCUUCAUGGUCCCGUUCUUACCGUUUCUGCCGGCCUUCAGCAUCCUGGUCAACAUUUACUUGAUGGUCCAGUUAAGUGCGGACACUUGGGUCAGAUUCAGCAUCUGGAUGGCGCUUGGCUUUCUGAUCUACUUUGCCUAUGGCAUUAGACACAGCUUGGAGGGUAACCCCAGGGAUGAGGAAGACGAUGAAGAUGCUUAUCCAGACAACAUCAAUGCAGCAACAGAAGAAAAAUCCGCCAUGCAAGCAAAUGACCAUCACCAAAGAAACCUCAGCUUACCUUUCAUACUUCAUGAAAAGACAAGUGAAUGUUGAUGCUGGCCCUCGGUCUUACCACGCAUACCUUAACAAUGAGUACACUGUGGCCGGAUGCCACCAUCAUGCUGGGCUGUCGUGGGUCUGCUGUGGACAUGGCUUGCCUAACUUGUACUUCCUCCUCCAGACAGCUUCUCUUCAGAUGGUGGAUUCUGUGUCUGAGGAGACUGCCUGAGAGCACUCCUCAGCUAUAAGUAUCCCCAAAACAGUAUGUCCGUGUGAGUACAUGUAUGUCUGCGAUGUGAGUGUUCAAUGUUGUCCAUUAUUAGUCUGUGACAUAAUUCCAGUGUGGUAAUUGGUGGCAUAUACUGCACACACUAGUAAACAGUAUAUUGCUGAAUAGAGAUGUAUUCUGUAUAUGUCCUGGGGAAAUAGUGGUGGUUUCUUUAUUAGGUAUAUGACCAUCAAUUUGGACAUACUGAAAUGCCAUCCCCUGUCAUGAUGUUUAACAGUGGUCAUGGGUGGGGAAGGGAUAAGGAAUGGGCAUUGUCUAUAAAUUGUAAUGCAUAUAUCCUUCUCCUA